AUGCCGCGGCGCCCGACACAUGUGGCGGAGGUGUGGCGUGACCUGGGCGCCAAGUGUGACCCGCUGGCGAGGCCGGUGAUUCACUGGGGCACGUGGGUGACCCGCCCAGGUGGUGGUGCUGUCCGCGUCACCAGCACCAUCGGGAACCGGCUGGAGGGUAGUUUCUUAACCCUCUUGUUCUCCUUUGCAGUGGUGUUGAGCUGCCUAGUCGUGGGCAGCAGCGCCAGCCUCUGCAUCCCCCCCGCCCACGUCCCCCACGGCCACGUCACCCUGGGGCGCGGCGGCUUCGUGGCCUCCUUCAGGUGUCAUGACGGCCACACUCUCCAGGGCACGGCCGUCGCGGUGUGCCUGGCGGGAAGGUGGUCCACGCCGCCCCCCACCUGUGUCCCGGCAGAGGAAGAAACAGCGCCGACCUCCACCCCGCCCAGACGACAGCGCGGGAAGGGUCGCCGACAACGCCCCGCCCACAGGAGAGGUCGCGUCCGCCCGUCACGUCCGCGCAGAAUAGGGGAGGAGGAGGAAAGGGUGCGGGAGGAGGAAGAGGAGGAAGAUGAGGAGGAGGAGGUCCCACUGGAGGAGAAGGAGCAGCAAGAUCAACAUAUAAUUAGUGCAUAUAACGUGGUGGAAACAUCGCCAACACUCAAAAAGCUGCUGGGGGAGGAAGGAGGGAAGGGAGAGACCAAAAACCCCUACGGAAAGGAAGAGGAGGAGGAGGAGGAAGAGGAAGAAGAGGAGGAGAGGAAAGAAGAGGGAAAUGUAGAAGCUGAGCAGGAGGAGGAAGAGGAGGAGCAGGAGGCAGAACAGGAGACAAGAGAAGAGAGGAGAAGGAGAAGAAAAGGCAGACGACAGCGAAACAAGGGAAGGAAAGGGAGGAAGAAUGGACGGAGGAAAUCUACAGACCAGGAGUCGCCGAGGGAGGGGGAGAACCAGUCGGAGGUGCAACAAGUUUCCACCACGACCAGCGACGACCUCACCCCGGAAACGACCACGACUCCCGCCACGACCUUGAGUCCAGAAACGGAGAGGAUAAUGAGGAGGAGAGAGAGGAAGAGGAGGAGGAAAGAGAGGAGGCAGAGGAAGGAGAACCAGCGGAGACGAGGAGGAAGGAGAAGAAAGACUGAAGAAGAAGAAGAAGAGGGGGAAGAUCGAUCGGCCAACGAGGUCAGCCGAGGUCAAGGUCAAGACACGUCCGCCGCUGACCCCACAUCACGUGACCAGCGACCGAGUGGGAGGAGAGCCGCCGUGGAGAGGAGGAAGAGGAGGAAGAACAGGAGGAGGAGGAAGAAGAACGGGAAGAACAAGAACGGCAAGGGUGGAAAGAAAGGAAGGAGACGGAAGAAGGGAAGGAAGGGAGCGACCGGUGACCAGGCGGAGACAAACGGCGGGGCUUCCGAAAACGACAUCUCACGUCUGGCCACGAACGACGGACCCGCGACUGUCGUGGAGGGCGCCAACAACAAAACCGAGGCGCUCAACAAAGUGCGCAACAUCCUGCUUGAGCAAAUGAAGAAGAAACACACGGAGAACAGAAAACGGGGCCUGCAGCAUGGCUCAAGGGAGGGCGGCGAGGGGGAGACAGAUGAGGCGGCGUUGUCAAGUACUUCAUCGACUACCACGACGACCACAAUGACAACCACAACCACGGAGGCGCCGAUACGUCACCCUAAGACCCCUCAGCACAGCCCCAGCGAGAUUCAGUAUACGGUGGACGGGGGAAGAGAAACAACUCGUACUAUCGUUGACUUCUUCCCUGAUCUUCCUCCCGUGGCCGAUGGAAGGAGUGAGGCGGAGGCUGCAGAGACUCAUAUGGAAGGGGACCAACAAACAUCCCCUGAAGAAACCCAACAGGAGGCCCCAAGAGACUCAGGAAGGAGAAAACGCAGAAAGAAGAAGAAAAAGACCAAAGAACCCACUGUAGUUGAGGAAGAACCAACAACGGAGUACGUAGAUGAGGCAGUGGAGCCGCAGGAUUACCAGAACUACUUGUACGGCUUAGAGAACCCCGAAGACGACGCUACCGAGACAGAGGGAGUGGAGGACCUGUUUCCCGACGGUCUUCCGGAAGGUUACCCGACAGACAGGUUCCGCGCCGAUGGAAACUACUCCCAGAACACGAGGUUUAUCGAGACUGAGGACAUCGACUUUUCGGAGCUAGACCAGUCGUGUGUCAUCUCGGAGGCCGACAGCAUCUACCUCCCGCCGCCCAGGGUCCAGCACGCCCGGGUCAGCGCCUUCCACACCGUCACCAACCCGGCGCCGCCCAACAACAAGUACGCCGAGGCUGUGUACGAGUGUGAGUUCGGGUACCGCCUCGGCGAGGACUUCACCAACAGACUCUUCUGCCGCGGAGACAAGUGGCUCGGCGUGCUGCCCUCCUGCGUGUCCUACGCGCGCCAGGCCACGACCGGGAAGUGCGGGGACAGCAAUGGAGGAUGCGAGCAGAUCUGUGAGCCCACCGAGAACGGGCGCCAGUGUCUCUGCUACAAGGGCUUCACGCUACACUCGGAUGGCGUCACGUGCGAGGACGUGGACGAGUGUGCCGCUAACAAUGGGGGCUGCGGGGGAACCUGCGUCAACAAGCUGGGCUCCCGCCGCUGCGUGUGUCCCAAGGGCUACCGCCUCGCCACCAACGGCAGGACCUGUAUCGAUAAGAACGAGUGUCUGCUGCGGAACGGCCACGGCCCCUGCCAAGACACCUGUCACAACACGGCGGGCGGGUACUACUGCACCUGUCACAAUCUCCCAGGCACACACCUGGCGUCGGACAACCACACCUGUGAGGAUGAGGACGAGUGCGCCAUCAACAACGGAGGCUGCUCGCACAUCUGCCUCAACACCUUCGGCCAAAUCUUCUGCACAUGCCCCGAAGGCUUCCUGAUGGCCAUGGACUGGAAGACUUGCGAAGACAUCAACGAGUGUGAGUACGAGGAGGUGGCGAAUCAGUGUCCUCACGGGUGCAUCAACACGGUGGGGAGCUACAGGUGUGCCCAGAUGGACGAGCUGGUGCACGCCCUUCAGUGUCCGGACGGCCUCGUGUCCACGGAAGACGGCGGAAGCUGCGAGGAUGCCGACGAGUGUGAGGAGGACAACUUUGGCUGCUCGGACAUCUGCGUCAACACCCACGGCUCGGCGCACUGCUCCUGCCCCGCCGGCUUCGCCCUCGCGCAGGACGGAAAGACUUGCCAAGACGUUGACGAGUGCGAGGCGGGAGAGGCGGAGUGUUCCCACGGCUGCCGGAACACCGAGGGUGCCUUCGCCUGCACCUGCCCCCCCGGCCACACCCUGGGGUCGGACCUCGCCACAUGUACAGACGUUGACGAGUGUGCUGAGGGCGCCGUCUGCUCCCACGGCUGCGAGAACACCGACGGCUCCUACACGUGCACCUGUCCCGCGGGCCUCGCCCUGGACACUGAUCUCAUUACCUGUGUAGACACGGACGAGUGCUCGGCGGAGCCCGGCUGUUCCCACGGCUGCCGCAACACGGAUGGCUCCUUCGUCUGCACGUGUCCGCGGGGCCUUCGCCUGGCGCCCGACGGCCUCACCUGUCGCGAUAUAGACGAGUGUUCCGGUGAGCACCAGUGUUCCCACGGCUGUAGGAACACUGACGGCUCCCACGCCUGCACCUGUCCUGAGGGCCUACACCUGGCGCCUGACCUGGCCACCUGCAUUGACAUAGACGAGUGUGCCUCCGCUAAUGGCGGGUGUGAGCAGGUGUGUGAAAACGUGGAAGGUUCAUACCGGUGCGGCUGCCACGCGGGGUACGUCCUGGCCGACAGCCACACCUGUGUCGACGAGGACGAGUGUGCCGAGGACAAUGGCGGCUGUCAACAGGAGUGCACGAACACGCCCGGCUCGUACUCGUGCUCCUGCGGUGACGGCUUCGUGCUGGAGGGCGAGUGGGACUGCGGUGACGUGGACGAGUGUGAGGAGGACAGCUUCGGGUGUUCGGACGUCUGCGUCAACACCUUCGGCGGCGCCUACUGCUCCUGCCCCGCCGGCUACUCCCUUUCGCAUAACAACAAGACAUGCCAAGAUGAUGAUGAGUGUGAGUCAGGCGGCGACGGCGGUGGAAGCUGCUCCCAUGAGUGUGUCAACACGGACGGCUCCUUCGCCUGCCUGUGUCCUGACGGGCUCACCCUCGCCCCGGACCGCGUCACCUGCCUCGAUGUGAACGAGUGCGCCACAGAAAACGGAGGGUGUGACCAGCUGUGCGAGAACACUGAGGGGUUCUUCUACUGUGACUGUGAGGAAGGCUUUGUGCUCGCUGAUGACGGCGUCUCGUGCCGGGACGUGGACGAGUGUGCUGAGGACAACGGAGGGUGUCAGCAGGAAUGUCUGAACGAGCCGGGCUCCUUCUCCUGCUCCUGCCUCCCCGGCUAUGAGCUGGAGGACGACUUCCACUGCAGCGACGUGGACGAGUGUCUGUUGCAGCUGUCGCCCUGCCAGCACGACUGUCUCAACCUGCCCGGCAGCUACGACUGUCUGUGUCACGACGGCUUCGAGCUCUCCUUCGACAACCACACCUGCAUCGACAUAGACGAGUGUGGGGCUGACAACGGCUGCUCCCACUUCUGCACGAAUUUCAACGGUUCCUACAUAUGCCACUGUCCGCCCGGGUUCAAGCUCAGUACCGACGAACACGCGUGCGUCGACGUGGAUGAGUGUGCGGAGGAAAACGGCGGCUGCACGCACGUCUGUUCAAACUUCCAUGGCGGCUACAAGUGUGUCUGUCCAGAUGGCUUGGAGCUGCUGCAGGAGGGAAGCGCCUAUGAAAAGCUUCACGUUUGCGUUGACGUGGACGAGUGUCUCGACAACAAUGGCAACUGUAGCCACGUGUGCCACAACCUGGAGGGCGGGCACGAGUGUAGGUGUCCCCGCGGCUACACCUUCAAGGAGGAGGAGGACGGGUCGCUGAGCAGCUACGAGUGUGUCGAUGUGGACGAGUGUCGGAGUCACAAUGGCGGCUGUAGUCACUUCUGCGUCAACACUGAGGGCGGGAUGGAAUGCCAGUGUCCACGGGGAAUGACGCUGCCUGAAGGUCAAACAUUCGAGUGCCAGGACAUAGACGAGUGCCUCAAGGACAACGGUGGGUGCAGCCACUUGUGCACCAACCAGCCGGGGACCUACGAGUGUGGGUGCCCUGAAGGCUGGCGACUCGACGCCCAGUUUGAAGACGAAGAUUAUUCUGAGGACGUAACAAACCUCGAGGUGUUCAACGACGUGGUCUGGAGGAAGUGUGUCGACGUCGACGAGUGUGGCGAGGAUCGGGGCGGCUGCAGCCAGGCGUGUCACAACGACGACGGGGGCUUCAGGUGCUCGUGCUACCCCGGCUACUGGCUGGGGCGGGACAACAGGACCUGCUUGGACAUCAACGAGUGUAACGUCGACAAGGGCGGCUGUUCCCACGAGUGUACCAACACCGACGGCUCCUUCGUCUGCUCUUGCCCCGACGGCUUCACGCUGAGGGACGAUCGGAGGUGUCGCGACGUAAACGAGUGCGAUAACGAAAACGGAGGCUGCUCGGACCUCUGCGUCAAUCAGGUGGGGAGUUACCACUGUGGGUGUCCUCCAGGCCUGACUCUGGAGGACGACAACAGGACCUGCUCUGAUAUCAACGAGUGUGGGGGGGACAACGGUGGCUGCUCCCACGAGUGCCACAACCUGCACGGCCGCUACACCUGCACCUGUCCACCGGGGCUGCUGCUCACCGAGGACUCCCACACCUGCCUGGACGAGAACGAGUGUGCUGAGAAUAAUGGCGGCUGCUCCCACGAGUGUGUCAACGAGGCUGGUUCCUACAAGUGCCGCUGCCCCGCCGGCCUCACGCUGGGGGUGGACGGCCGCACCUGCCUCGACGUGGACGAGUGUGGCGUGAAAAACGGCGGCUGCUCCCACCAGUGCAAGAAUCACAAGGGUCACUACACCUGCCUGUGCCCCGCCGGAGCCGUCCUCGCCGCCGACAACCACACCUGCGAGGACGUGGACGAGUGCAGCCUCAGGAACGGCGGCUGCAGCUACAAAUGCGUCAACACGGAGGGCGGUUACGAGUGUCACUGCCCCCGCGGCCUGGCGCUGGGCCGCGACGGUCACACGUGCAGGGACGUGGACGAAUGUGCUGAAGGGAACGGGGGAUGCAGCGGCCUGUGCCACAACACACGCGGAUCCUUCAGGUGUGAGUGUCCGCUCGGCUACCGGCUGGCCCUGGACGGCGCGAGCUGCGAGGACAUCGACGAGUGCCAGCUGGCCAACGGAGGCUGCUCGCACGGCUGCAUCAACACCGAGGGGUCCUUCUCCUGUAACAAGUGUUCCGAAGGGUACGAGCUGGGUGAGGACAAGCUGACAUGCGUGGACGUGGACGAAUGCCUACAGUCCCCCUGCGAGCAACAAUGCAUCAACAUCCCCGGCUCCUACUACUGCGCCUGCAAGUCCGGGUUCAGACCGAGGCCAGACGCCGCGCAUCGCUGCUGGGACGUGAACGAGUGUGACGAGGAUAACGGCGGCUGUGCUCACGACUGUCUCAACACCGUGGGCUCCUAUCACUGCCGCUGCUCCCGGGGCUUCGAGCUGGGCCGGGACGAGCACUCCUGUGACGAGAAGCCGGUGUUCUGCCCCGUGAUGGUGGCGCCGCUGCACGGGGAGAUGACCUGCUCGCGGCAUCUGGUGGAGGAAGCCUACCUGCGCGACACCUCCUGCACCUUCUCCUGCUCCCUCGGCUACGCCCUCAACGGCAGCCCCAACGCCACCUGCCUCACCACCGGCGUCUGGUCCGCGGCGCCGGCCACGUGUCGAGCGAUGAUCUGCUCGAUGCUGACGGAGGUGGAGCACGGACGGGUAUCCCCCAAGCGGUGCACGCGGCGAACCUCCAGUGUGGGCCAGCACUGUUAUCUCUCCUGCUCCCCCGGCUACAGGGUGGUGGGCAACCCCGUCAGGAGCUGCCAGGCUAGCGGUUUGUGGUCCCCGGAAGCCGCCAGCCCCUACUGCGAGAAGGACUCCCUCAAGCCGUUCAUUCAGUGCCCCAGCGACGUGCAGGUGGACCUCGCGCCUCACCAGGACUCGGCCUACGUGCGCCUCCCCCAGCCCAAGGCCAACGUGGACUGGUUCAGAUACGCACCAAGAGUGUCCCCGCGGCGAGGCGGCAGCCGCGACCCUGAGGACCCGAGGUACGUGGACGCCGCGCCAGACUGGGCCAAGCAGCUGGAGGCGGACCUGCCGGCGGGGAAGACCACGGUGACCUUCGUGGCGCGCUCCCCGCUGUCCGACGACUCCGCGGCGUGCUCCUUCACCGUGGAGGUCCGAGACAAGGAGGAUCCACAGGUGUUCGGGUGCCCCAAGUCCUUCACGGUGCUGCUGACGGAGGGGAAGGCGAAUGCUGAGGUGUCGUGGAAGGAGCCGGUCUUUAAGGACAACGUGGAAAUCGCCCACCUCUGGAAGUCGCUGGAGCCGGGGCGCCACCUGACAGCGGGGACGUACCCGGUUCACUACGUGGCCAUGGACCCCUACCGCAACCGGGCCAAGUGCUCCUUCGUGGUCACCGUGCAACCGCACACCUCCCCACCUGCACACCCGCCGUACCACUCCAGUCAGGUGAUGGCUGUCUGCCCGGGUUUGAAUGGCGGGAAGCCUAUCCGGAUGUAUGCUUGGCGUGUUCCCCAGGGCUGUACAGUGGUGGGAAGCAACAGCAAUGUACUCCAUGCCCAGUGGGAACCUUCGCGGACAAGUACUCAAGUGGAGGGUGUGAACAGUGUCCUGACGGCGCCUCGACGGUCGGGAGCGGCGCCGACUCACGUGGACUCUGCGUACACCCAGACGGCAGGACGCCACGACCCCCGGCAGGCUUCCUCACACAGUAAUCCCGUGCACGGCGAGGCGGUGGCCAGCGCCUCGGUGGACGGCUCGCGGGGCAGGACGCUGGCCAGCCAGUUCUUCGACACCUUCUCCUUGGCUUCACUUCGCCCCGGGUCCACGCUCGCCAUCGCCCACGCCCGAGCGCGCGGCGGCCCCAGCAGCCACACGCAGGCCCUCGCGCACGCCAGGGUCACCACCUACGGCGGGUAAAACUCCUGCUGCUUCUUCUGUGGCUUCAAUUAAUCGCCGGGAAAAGGUGUACGGAUGACGGCUGUGCUGUGUGUGUCGUGCUGUGGGGCUGUUUAGUGGUGUCUGUGCAGGAGGUGUUUUGGUUUGUUGCGGUGAGUCAGUGAGAUUUCUCAGUGUCUGGAGAAAACCAAGAAGGCUGCAUGAAAUUCCAUGGAUUCCAGCUGGUGGAAGUUUAGUUUUUUGUUUUGUCAUAUAUAGCAUGGGUGAUAGAUUCAACCUCCUGCAUGCAGACGUUAACAUUGUGAUAAAUAUAAUGCACGAAUGACUCCUACAAAUAUAUUUAGGGAUGAGUGAAACAUUAAAGCUUCUUUGACCUGAUGAAAUAUUAGGGAACGCAGAAAACAAAGUGAUGAUGUGUCUUGGCCGGCCUUAUUUGAUAUUCUGAAUGUGUGUUUCCUGUAGAAUGUAAAAAAAGAAAAAAAAAAAAAAACGUGUAGAUGACACAAAAGGGAAGAAUACGAAGAAAAGUACUGAAAACAAAGCGAGUUGUGUUUAUUGGAGUGGCUUCAGGGAUUUGAUGUUCCGCACUGGUUCUGCAGCACCCCUGCUCGUCGAUACCAAGAAGAGAUGUUGAUUAUUAUAACAAGCAGCAUGAACGUCGCUCCCCUUCACAAUCUACUACAAGGAAGCAGACAAUGGCAUGAACAUCUGAACUCCUGUAUUUGUAAACCCUGACAAACAUCCGGAACAUCUGUCUUUCCUUACUGUCUCUUACAAGGAAGCUGAAAUAUUGGUACAGGCUGAAAUAUUGCAUGAGUAUACCCCACAAGGUCAGUCAGCAAAACAUCGUCAACACAAGCAAUGGCAGACGGUACAGAACGGCGCGGCAGAGUUCACUGGGUUAGAUUGAAACAGGCGGACUUCAUCUCCAUAAGUUUUCCGUCACUUGUGCCCGGUACUACCCGAGGCUGAAAUAUUGCAUGAGUAUACCCUACAAGGUCAGUCAGCAAAACAUCGUCACCACAAGCAAGGGCAGACGGUACAGAACGGCGCGGCAGAGUUCACUGGUCAGAUUGAAGCAGGCGGACUUCAUCUCCAUAAGUUUUCCGUCACUUGUUCCUGAUACCACCUAAAUCAGCUGCUACAUUUGGCCUCACCCCUUUCAUUUGUAUUUCGAAGGCAAUAUAUGGAGCAAAUGUCACAUAGAAGCUUCUGACACCAAGGAAAAGGAUUCAGGAUUAUUGAGAGGCAUUAUUGGAGUUUCGAGGAGGGCAGGCAGAAAAGGGAUCUGGGAAAAGUAUUAAAUCAUUUUCGUCCACGGAGGUGUAAGUGGUAUCGCCUCUGCACGGUCGCUCUAUGUAUGUUACAAAGGAAUAUUCAAUCGCUCUCUCGUUUAUAUUGGAAUUGCAGGCGAGAUCAGAGCAGCCAUGUCAAAUUAUCGUACUCUGAGCAUUGCAUGUAUCAUUUUUAGGCUCUAGGAAACUCGCAACCACACAAAUAACGAUAGAAAAUUAAAGUUAGCGUUAAAACUGUUUAAUAUUGGUGGUUUUCGUUCUUUUUUGCUACAGUGUUCGGUCAGAAACUAUGAAAAUGCAAUGCGCUGAGUACGAUAAUUUGACAACGCAGGAUCAGAGCCACUUCAUUCAGCCAUACCGUUUCACAUACAGAACUGAGCGUUAUUUUCUCGCAUGAAUAUUAAAAAGUGCGGACGCUAGCUGUCACGCAACGGAUGAAAGAAAGAAAAAAAUGUCAGCUUCCGUGAUAUUGGGGGAUGGACUGUUUUAUAAGUGACAUCUGGUGCUUUAAUUUUCCCGCCCCAGAUAUUCAAUAACGGAGAAAUAUCCUGAGCGCAUCCAUUUAUUAAUACUGAGCCACACCGAGUAUCCUAAAUUGAAUCCGCUUUUGUUAUAUAUUUGGAGCCAUUUGAUUUCCUUUUCUGCUGGACUAAGGGCCGCUUCCACAGUCACUUUGUUUUGAUCGAUACCACUGGCGGUGAUCGACGCUAUAGUUUUCCACGUGAAACUGGCCUAUGGGGUAGUGGCGGCUACAGAGGAAGCGAGAGGUGUUGAGAGUGUGAGGUAAGGUGCGGGGCUAGGCUAACCCCGCAGCCGCCACUACCCCAUCGGCCAGCUUUACGUGGAAAUAGUACAGCGGCGAUAACAGCCAUUGGUAACGAUCAAAACAAACAAAAUGACUGUGAAAGCGGCCCUAAGAACCGUGAAGCUCUCGAAUGUAAAGCGUCUUACCAAACGUAAAUUCGUUCCCAUUUGGCUUUGCGUUGAAUAAUUGAGCAACUCGAAAAUGGUUCACCUGUGUAGUUCAGUGCGGCAAGGGCUGGUGCGUCUCUUGGUGGACCCUUCCCUGCAUCUGCUCUGUCGGCCUUGAUAGGGAGGCCAAACGUUUUCCUUGAGUGGCCAAGUUCUCUCUCCCUCUCUAAACUAAACUUUCCAGCCAGAGCCGCGUAUCAAUGCUGCAGAUUUGGGCCACUCGGUACGUCAAUAACCAGGUUGAGGGUUGAUGUUCGUCUUGUAACUCUUCUUGUAGCUGUUCAGAGGUCAGGUUCUUCUCGUCUCCUUUAAAAAAUGCCACGUGUGUAUCUUCAUCCCUCUCGAUCUGUAAUAACAAGGUCGAAGUGUGUCUUGUUGUUCAGAAGAUUCGAGCAAUGGCUGUUUAUUGUAAGAUCGAACUCUAUUUCUGCUCCCUUGGCCUUGGCACACGACGCGGCCUGGGGGUCCUUCGCACACAAGACGCACCUCAUCUCUGGACACCAAGACCUCUUACCUCGCCUCCGACGCUUCCCAGAAACUUGACGGAGGAGACGAAGGAGUUCAGGCAGGCGGAGGUUUGUUUGCUGUGUUUACCUGAGUUUCUUAACCUGCUUUUGUUUUAUUUGUUUUUCUUUGGUUUCAUUUAUUUUUUGUUGUUGUCGAUGUCACGGCUCGGCGCGGACUGUCGACUGGGAACUGUUGGUGCUUCCGUUCAGUGAUUUAGGGCAUGACGAGGAGGGCAAUUCAUAGGUUUAAGCUUUAAUUCGACAACCAAACGGAGGGAGUAAGAAGAGAAGCGUCAUGACUGGCAUCUUACCCCCGUGGUUGUUCUAGCAUUUAUACAUUUUUCACUGUGUCAGAACUUACUUUAUUUUCCUGGUAAAACUUAACACUUCACUCUGUUGCAUUCUUUUGUGUGUAAUGCUUUUGAGUUUGUAUUAUAUGUAUUUCCUCAUAUUACAUUUCCAGUAUCUGUUAUAGUCAUAAUUUUACACACCCGCGUGAUGACUGCCAACACUACUACUGUAAGCGCCUCGGUGGAGAAGUGAUCUCUUUAGAACUUUAUCGAAGCCUCGUUUUCGUCGUCCACAAACUUUGGCCCAGCUCGAGCGGAUCCCCGAUUUCCGUUUUCUGUUUUCGUCGGCAACUCAACUAAACUCGCGUCGCCUGAGGGAUGCAAUCAGCCCGGCCACCAAACUCAACCAGAUUUUGUUCCGCAGGUGUUCUUAGUGUCUGUUUUCUGAGAACUUCUUUGGUAUGAUGUCAGGUACCGGCCACACUACCCCUGAGGCAGAACGAAGACUUGGAAUAUGAAAAAAAAGUCACCUUGGCCUAUCUGAGCCAUUGCAGCAGUAUCCUUUAGGUUUGUCUUCUUUGUAAAAUCUAAGAAAAUUUAAUCAAAACAUUAUUAUAUAUAUGAAACAAAGAUCAUAUUUGGACAUACGAAGCCGUCAAGACAGAAGAUUCUUAUAAGUUGAUGAAUAUGAUUGAUUGUAAAUGGUCGGUGUAUAGGAAAAAAAAAUCAUCCCUUUUCGGUUUUAUUUUGGCGAGGCAGCGCAAGGACGGCUCAGAGUUUGCUUCAGUUUGCUGGACGACUUGAACGCGGCUCUUUUGUAUCUUCCUAGUUGACAUUAACACAUAAGUCGAAUUAGUUCUUAGCGGUGAGAGUGAAAGCCGCCACAAACCCAUGCACUAACAAUGCCAUUAGACAGUAUAAACCCUUCCUAUCUUAACAGUGAAAUUGUGAAAACCGCUACAAACACACUAACAACGCUAUCUGACAGUGUAAACCCUUCCUAUCUUGGCGGUGAAAUGUUAAAACCGCUACAAACCCACACUAACAACACCAUAAGACAAUAUAAAGUGUAAACCCUUUUUAUUUUCGACUAGCCGCUUCAUCUCAACAACCAUUUACACUUCCUCUCUUACUUAAAUUCAAAGUCUUCCUCGAUGUAAAAUAACUACAAUCCACAUAAUGCUUACUAUCUUGAUAUUAUUUUCAUGUAUGACUUUUUUUUUCGUUAGUUAGUGUGCUGGCGCCAAAUGUUAUAAUGUCACUUGUUAACACGUAAUGGUUUAUAUUGUACGCGGCUGAUACCAUAGUCUUCCAAAUAUGUCGAGCGCGGUCUGGCGUAGGCUCCCGCGGGUCCUUUCCUCCCCUCUACUCUGCCACACAUUCCCAACACCUAUCUCUUCCUCUCAUAUGUAAGCUAUAGGUAACAUAUGACAGGAAAAAAUAGGUGUUGGGACUGUGUGGCAGAGCAGAGGGGAGAAAUUGACCCGCGGGAGCCAACGCCAAAACGGAAUCGACAAUUUGGUUUCACUAUACUAAACAUUCAUGGUCAUCUUCGUGUUCUGUGUUCAGUGAGUCAAAGAUUAUUGUGUGUAAGUCAUAUUUUAUUCAUAAUCGAGGACCUUCUAACGGUAGCAACUCGUACGACCCAUAGAUAAGAAAAAAAGAAGUAAAUCGAAGUUUGUUUUGUAAUAGGUUUUACUAGUAAGACUGUCACUUUAAGUUUGUGUAUAUUUAUGGGUCGAAUUUGUCACGUUUCUCUAUGUUCAAGAAGUCAUGCAACCGCGAAAACAACAUAAAACAGCGGUGAACAUAUGUUAAUUUAGUGCCUCGCCCCCGCAGCGUGAGUCUGUAAAUACAUAGCGUCGAGGUGCAGGUGGGGGGUAGGUGAAAGGGCGCCACUCCGUGCCGCUCACCUGCAGUCAGUCUUCCCGUCACGCUGCGGUGGACGAGGUGGGUCAGGUGUGUCCCGUUUGUACUCUUCUCCGUAAGGCCGUGUGUAUAUGUAUGUAAUAGGAUAUAUAGAUAGACCGUAAGUUAUUUCUGUGUGCUAGGAUAACCUUUUCUGCUGUAUCAUUGAAAAUUGUUAGAUAUGUAUACUAAAAACACUUUAAGGUUAAUCAAAUGCUCCCCAAGAACCAGUUUGUGCCAUGUGAGGUGAGUUCAGAGGGUGAACUUUACGUGCCAGGAGAAAAAAACUGUUCUUAGGAGGAUUAAUUAGUCUUGUUUAUCCCUUGUAUUAAGUCCCGGAGGCCGCACUGCGUCUGUGCUGCACCAAACGAUGUACAUUUUAUGAAAUAGAUAUACCUACGAUGAA